AUGUUCCGGGAAGAAGCAGGAGAUCCUUCAAGUGAAUUAGUUGAUAAGAUCAAAGAUUGGACCUAUGAAGAUGCACCAUAUAUUUUUGUAUACUAUGCUAUUGGUGCUCAAGUCAUAUUUGUUGCUUUGUAUAAGUCUAAAAAUAAGAAGAGAAAACUGAACAUUUGCUUUGAACGAAUUGCGGAGUUUGAUUUAGGGAAUUCACCAGAAUUUCAAACAAUGAUUCGACCAAAUAGAACUAUUAUCGAACUUGGGUAUACGAUUAAAAAAAAAUUUGUGGAUGAAAGGCGAGUUACUCAUUUAAAAGAAAUUUAUAGAAUGCUAAGCGCAAAUAAUAUUAGAUUUUCUGACAAAUUAGAAUAUGCAUCUACACAUUCUGUUAAUUUGGCACCAUGUGGGGAACAACGUGAACCAAAUGAUCUUAAAGCAUUACUGCAAGCAUUAAUUUAUAUACUAACUUGUUUGAAGCCAAAUAUUAUUCGCCAUUAUGACAGAUAUCAAAGAUUUAUUUUAAUCGACUUUGACUAUGCUGACUUUUCCUCUUCUAAUGAGCCUUUAGAAAAAUUUUUUGAAAGUGAUCAUGCUCCUGAAAUACUAAAUAAAAAUUUCAGCACAGAUUUGUGUAAAAGUAAUCCAAAUAAACAACCAAUCACUUCAGUUGCUCUCGAUCGGGUAAAAGAUAUGUUUAGAGAGUUUUCAAAUGAUGACUGGCUAGAAAAGAUCGAAACUGCAUAA